AUGUCGCAAGGACAUCCCUUCACUUCCCGCGCUGGCUUUUCCACCAAACUCCCUGAUCGAGCUACGUCUUCUCUACACCCUCAACAGCCUCAAUUCGGUCAAUCUGCGCCUACGUUUCCGCGACGAGCAGAGCCAUCACAAACCACGAAUUACGGGAACUACUCGAAUGCACCGCCUCCACCAGUAUCGCAACAGCAGCAGCCGUACAACGCGACAGGGACAGGCGCGGCACCUUCAGCUUACAGACAAUACCCAGAGAAAGACUCAAACGUCCUCCACGAACUCAGUGAUGAGCAAAAGGCCGAGAUAAACGAGGCUUUCUCCCUCUUCGACGUCGACAAAGACCGCCACCUAGACUACCACGAACUCCGCGUCGCCCUCCGCGCCCUCGGCUUCACCAUUUCCAAACAAGAAGCGCUCCAAAUCAUCCAGACAAACGGCGUCCCAAAACCGACAGCCCAGCGCCUUCCACCAAAUCGCGCCCAACCAGGCCAACCUCAACCGCAAUACCACGCCUCACAGCUCCUCAUUCCUCAAAACGCGUUCACGCGCAUCGCCGCGCAGAAGAUCCACGAUCGAGAUCCUAGAGAGGAGGUCGAAAGGGCUUUUUACCUGUUCGAUGUGGAUCAUAAGGAGUAUAUUAACCUCGAGGAUUUGAGGAGGGUUACGAGGGAGUUGGGGGAGAAUAGUCUCGAAGAGCAGGAGUUGCAGAAUAUGAUUGAGGAGUUUGAUUACGAUGGGAUAGGAGGUGUUAGUAAGGAUGCUUUUUUUGGGAUUUGCUUGCAAUAA